AUGUCUGACAACGAGAACGGCGAGAACGGCGACGAGCUCGUAACCAAGCCCUUCAAGUUUGUCACUGCUUCGGCGCGCAUAGGCUUCGAUGCCCGCUUCCCCAACCAGAACCAGACCAAGCACUGCUGGCAAAACUACGUCGACUACCACAAGUGCAUUAUCGCCAAGGGCGAGGACUUUGCCCCCUGCCGCCAGUUCAUGUUGGCCUACAGGUCUCUAUGCCCCAACGGCUGGACCUCGCGAUGGGACGACCAGCGUGAGAACGGCAACUUCCCCGUAAAGCUCGACCAGUAGACAAUCACUUUCCCAUGGCACUAGUUUCAGCAUGCGACAAAUUCAUUCUAGAGCGCAGGGAGCGGACAAACUGGAUCAGAGCUCGACACAUUGCACAGCUUAGAGCACUUUGUAUCAUAAAGCGAGCGGAUUAUCAGCAAAUUGCAGCUCUGGUUCCAU